AUGCCAGUGGUUACGGAGUCUUUGGUGGCUUCUUCGUCUGCUCCUGUGAAUGCGGAAGGCACUGGAAGAUGGGUGGACGAAGUGGAUGGUGUGGAGGAGAGUUGUGUGAUGCUACUAGAAGUUUUGGACUCUCCCACACAGGAAGAAUCUGGUAUUGGGCUGGAGCCUGUGGGGGUGGGGGAGGCAGGUGAACUACAGGACUUAUUGGAACCCCUGCAGGAGAUGAUUAAGUCUUUCCUGGAAGUGCCAGGGGAGGAGAUCCCCUCUGUAAGUGGGGGACUUAUGAUGGUUGAGAAGGACCUGCAUGGGCAGGUCCCAGGGCCUCUGGGGUCAGGGCCUGGCUUGUUGCAGUUGCAUCAGGUGGAGGAUGAGGUGUACAGAGUAUGUGAGGUGCCAAAUUGUGAUGACAACAGUACCAAUUAUAUGGAGAUCUUCACAGAGUGGGCCAUCCCAGAGGGUGACCAGUGUCAUGUCUGGACAAUUAAGAACAACAUUACUGACCAAUGUCAGCCAGAUGUAUUUUCUAACACAACUACAUCUUGCUCACAGUGGGUUUAUGACACAUCAUUGUUCUCUGCAACUACUGUCACUCAGUAUGACUUAACGUGUGAGAAAGCUUGGCUUCGUCCACUUGCUGGUUCAAUGUACAUGACUGGAAUGUUAGUGGGAGCCAUUGUUAUUGGUGAUUUAGCUGAUCGCUUCGGAAGGAAAAUAGGAAUCUUGGUAUCAGCACUUCUGCUUGGUACUGGUGGAGUUUUGAGCACUGUGCCCUCUAACUACUACAUAUUCCUGUUGAUGCGUUUCUUCAGCGGUGCUGGAGGUAAUGGCCUCCUCCUGGUCACAUUUGUCUUGGCUGUUGAGCUUAUUGGCGCCAAAUGGCGCACAUUUUGUGGAAUCAUCACUCAUAUAUCAUUUUCACUUGGUGGAGCUAUGACUGGAGUGUUGGCUAUCUUCAUCAGGGACUGGCGUUGGCUACAAGUUGCUGUCACUGCUCCUGCUUUCCUCCUUACAUCAUAUACUUGUAUGAAGUGUUCCUACAAUGUAGUCAUCUGCUACUCCUCUGACUAG